CCAUGGCGCAUUAUCUGAAUCCAACCUUCCGCUUUUCCUGCCGCUGGGUGUAAAUCUCUCUGCGCCGGCGGACAUUCGCCGCCGGUGAAGUUCCGGUUAGAUCAGCUGAGCCAUGGCAGAUCUUCAGACCCCUCUGCGACCAAAAAGGAAGAAAGACAUAGCAGACUAUUUAGUUAAAUUCCGAUGGAUACUCGUCAUCUUCAUCGUCCUUCCAAUUUCUGCCACCAUCUCCUUCCUUAAUUACCUCGGUGAACUAAUCUCUGCAACGAAAUCAGACAAAAAACGUGAGAAGGAACACGAAGAAAAUCUCAGAAAAGUUGUGAAUCGUCUGAAGCAAAGAAAUCCCAAGAAAGAUGGCCUUGUUUGCACAGCCAGAAAGCCAUAUAUAGCCGUUGGCAUGCGCAAUGUUGAUUAUAAACGCGCACGACAUUUUGCCGUUGAUCUUUCAGCUUUUAAAAAUAUUCUCUGUAUUGACAAGGAAAGAAUGGUUGCUAAGCUUGAACCUCAAGUCAAUAUGGGCCAAAUUACAAGAGCCACUGUUCCAAUGAAUCUAGCUCUUUCUGUUGUUGCAGAUUUUGAUGAUCUGACCGUUGGAGGUCUAAUCAAUGGGUACGGCAUUGAAGGAAGCUCACAUAUAUAUGGUCUUUUCUCUGAUACUAUCGUUGCUUUGGAAGUAGUUCUUGCAGAUGGGCGUGUAGUUAGAGCCACAAAAGAUAACGAGUACUCUGACUUAUUCUAUGCUAUUCCAUGGUCUCAAGGAACAAUUGGACUACUUGUUUCUGCAGAGAUUAAGCUUAUAACAAUCAAAGAGUACAUGAAAUUAACUUAUAAACCUGCAAGAGGGAACUUGAAGGAACUUGCAAAGAGAAUGACACUAGAAUGA